AUAGCGGUGGUGAGAGAGAGUCCAAGACCGCCAGCGUACGAUCCUGCGCUGAGAUGAGGAAGUGUGGGUGAACCUGCUGAGCGAAGGGAGGAAAGCGUCUCAUCGCUGUAGUUCCUGGAGAGAGCGUCACCUACAAAAACGUGCAGGCUGGUGACCACGUCGUAGUUGGAAUUACCGGGAUGUCGGGAUUAAUAUCAGUAACCAUGUGCCUUAUUGGCACCGAGUGGGUGCCACCUCAGCGGUAAGGUUUGAGGAGAGAAGGGAGGAGGAGGAGGGGUAGACAGCCCGGCUUGCAGACAGGUGCGACUCCACAGUCCGUUUUAUUUUCUCUCGGUCCUUCUUAGUAAUACAGCCAUGGAUACCCGCAAGGAAAACAAGGUAAGAAAAGCUAUGAAACCCAAAACAACAAAGCGAAAGGAGAAGAAAUACAAAACCGGAAGGUUUACUAGGAGGAAAUCUCUGCGAUCUUUUGGGAAUUUCAUGGGAAGGAUCCUUAAAACUUUGGGCACUUUUGCGCACUUUGGCGACGCGGAAACGGCGGACGCGGAGGACGACGAUGGCGGGUUCGGGCGAAGCGCUUCUGGGGGGCUCAGAGACGGCAGUGGGCAGACCUCCAGGGAGGGAACCGUGAAGAAGAGCUCCACGGUGUCCUCCACUCACGGCUCGGUGAAAGACAGGCUGUCGUGGUGCUACGGCGACAAGACCCCGGGUGUGCUGGGACUGAAGAACCACGGAAACACCUGUUUCAUGAACGCUGUGGUUCAGUGCCUCAACAACACGGACCUGCUGGCCGAGUACCUCGGGCUGGAGCAGUACAAGUCGGAUUUGUACCACAGGAGGGUAAACGGGGAGGUGAGAGGCUUGGAGCCCCAGCCCGCCAGGGGAGAGGUGACCGAGCAGCUGGCGUCGCUGGUCCGAGGCUUGUGGACCCUGGAGUACACACCGCAGCUGUCAGUGGAGUUCAAGAGCAUAGUGGCCAAGUACGGCUCUCAGUUUCGGGGAAACUCUCAGCACGAUGCACUUGAGUUCCUCCUCUGGCUUUUGGACAGAGUUCAUGAAGAUGCUAAUCAAAGCCCCAACAACAACACGAACAGCAGCAGCAGCAACAGCAGCAGCAAGACCAAAGCCAACGCCAAGGGACCCAGUUCAUCUGAGCCUCCUUCCAGUCCCAGUUCAGUCAUCACACAGCAGCCCCGGGAUCGCCACAGUUUUGUCCAGGAACACUUCCAAGCUCAGUACAGGUCUUCUUUGACGUGCCCUCACUGCCUUAAGCAGAGCAACACCUUUGACCCAUUCUUAUGUAUCUCCCUACCUAUCCCCCUGCGACAAACCAGGUCGAUGUGUGUGACGCUGGUGUUCAAUACGAAGGGUCAGAGAUACCUGCGGGUGGGGCUGGCUGUACCUCUGUUUGGUUCCCUGUCCUGCCUCAGAUCAAUGGUGGCACAGGAGGGCAACAUAUCCCCAGACCAGGUCAUCCUAUCAGAGUUGUACUCAACAGGUUUCCAACGAUCCUUUUCAGAUGAUGAUGACGUGACAUCAAUUGCUGAUAGCGACAUAAUCUAUGCCUUUCAGGCUCCGCCCCUCCAUAGUCGUGGUGGCUCCACACAGCACUCAGGGUAUCAUCACAGCCUCCCCUCCUCCCCCUACAUCUCCACUGCAGGACCUGACAGACAGAGGUUACCUUCUUCUGGCACCCUCUCCUCUGAAUACCUGAACCAGGGCGGCUCAACAAAGGUCCUCCUUGUCAUCUGCAACACAGCAGGAUCUGGCCAGCAGGCAGUCAGGUUUGGACCUCCAUUUCUCAUGCGUGAGGACAGGAGCAUCUCCUGGGAUCAGCUGCAGCAGAGCAUCCUCAGCAAGCUCUAUUAUCUGAUGCUGAAUGGAUCCCAGGCUCAGAAUGCUGGUGUGCUGUUCAAGAUCAGAAUAGUUGGUGGAUCUGCAAACUACAGCUACCUGUCCCCGAAGGACAGCAGGCCACUGUACCACCCUGCUGUUGACAGAGCUCUGAAGUCCUGCGGCCCCGGAGGACCACCCCAUGUUAAGGUUGUCAUUGAGUGGGAGAACAAGAUCAAAGAAUGUCUCUUUGGCAGCAUUCAAGAGGAGGUGGUCAAGGAUGCAGAGAGUGUAAGGAACCAGCAGCAGCAGCACCUGCAGCAGCACAGCUGUACCUUGGACGAGUGUUUUCAGCUGUACACCAAAGAAGAACAGCUUGCCCCUGAUGAUGCCUGGAAGUGUCCCCACUGUAAGCAGCUUCAGCAGGGCAUGGUGAAGAUGAGCCUCUGGACUCUUCCUGACAUACUGAUCCUCCAUCUCAAGCGCUUCCGACAGGUUGGCGAGCGGAGGAACAAGUUGUCAACCCUGGUGCGUUUCCCCCUCACUGGUUUGGACAUGGCUCCACAUGUGGUGAAGAGGAGUCAGAGUAUGAAGAACCUGAACUUGGGUGCCUGGCCACCACCUUGGAAGCAGUCCUCAGGCCAACACCACCAACCUGCUGACCUGAUCCUUCCUCACGACUAUCUGUACGACCUCUACGCUGUGUGUAACCAUCAUGGAGGAAUGCAUGGGGGACACUACACUGCUUACUGUAGAAACUCAGUGGAUGGACAGUGGUACAGCUACGACGACAGCAGCGUAGACUUGGUGCCUGAGGAAGAGGUUUGCACCAGAGGAGCCUACAUUCUUUUUUACCAGAGACGCAACAUCAUUCCUCCAUGGUCGGCCAGUUGCUCCGUCAGAGGAUCCACAAGUUCAUCAAUGUCAGACCAUUGGCUAAUACGGCUGACAGGGGACAGUAAGAGGGGCAGUCUGGUCUCUCGAUCGUCUACCACCUGCCCAUCCUCCUUGCCUGACUCACCCGAGUCUCCGGUCUUCUUUGAAAAUGGUUCAAAAGAAGAAAGAGGGGGUUUCGAAAGCAGGCCUUUUAUCAGGGGUCUUGAGGGAAGGAGUGUGAGCAUGAGAGCACCCAGCAAGACCAAGGACACACUGAGCAAAGUUUUUCCACUGCGCUGGUCCUUCGGUUCAAAGGACAGACGGAAACCUGACCCAGUGCCCCCGGCUGUCCAAGACCCUGCCCCUGUGGAGCUGGUACAGUACUUGGAAUCUGGCAGGCGGCCUCGGUGCACAAAAGAUCCAAUAGCAACAUUGAUGAGCGAACCACGCAGCGCAAAGGAAGCUUCUGAGGGCCGGGCUUCUGCUAAUGUUCGAUCUUCCAGUGUUGGAAGUUUAAGUUGUUUAAAUAGAGAUGGGCUGCCGCAUGAGUCUACUCAGGUACCUGAGGGCCAGAGGAGGCCAUCAGAUAAGACAGCCAGCUUGAGACGCAGUAAGGGGAGCCAGCCAAGAGAUGACAGGACAACAAAUAUCAGCAGUAGCUCUAGCAGUAACACUCUCACCAGGAGGAAAGAUGACAGGAAGAAAAGCUCCUCCAAAGCUUCACAGGAUACGGAGACAAAAAGGAGUUCCAGUGCUGGUGUUCAGUCCAGCUACAGCACUCCUAGCCUUCAGGAUGGGACCCUGAGAAGACAAAAAGGGGACAGGGCUGAUAGGGAACAACAAGGUGCAAAUGAAGGAAACUCUAAGACUAAGAAAGAAGAAGUGCCUAAGAACCAUGAGGGACUGCUGUCCUUCUUUAAAGGCAAUUUCCUGAAGAAGGAUAGGGACUCAAGGAAGUCCAAGGAGGGUGAAUCAGGAAAAGGAACAGGUGAAGAAGGAGGCAGAAGGACUCUCUCUAAGUUAUCGCUGUCAAAUGGAGCAGUAGGAGGAGGAACUGAGCCGGAAGUAGGCAAGUCUAAUGGCUCGAGCCAUCGGGGGGAUGAGCUGGCAAACGGGAAGGUUGGACGAACAACGGCAGAUAUCAAGCGCUCCCAAAGCUCCUCCAACAUCCCCACCAAAGCGGAGCACAGCAUGCGUAGGACAGCAUCUUUGCAUCGCAACGGGAUGUCUACAGCCCCAUCACGCAGCCUGACAACAGACAAACCGUCUUAUGGCACCCUGCAGAGGACUCGUUACAGCACAACCUCGCUUGGACGCAAAAGAACAGUCCCCGAGUCCAGCUUCUGACAUAAAGAUAAUCAACUCAUCCACACACACACAACUCCUUUCAUCUGUCAGAAGGAGAAUGACUUCCAAUCUCUAAGAUUAAAGCAAUAGAGCUCCUUUCCAAGUGGUUCACCUUUUUGUCCUCCGAAAAUGAACGGUAUGAAGUGGCUUGCACAAUGGAGUUGAGAGACUCAGAGCAUAUUAAGGGUCCUUAAAGGCUGGGAGACGGAGAGCAGAAUAAAAUCAUUGGACCUGUCCAUCAAAUUUAAGAGAGAGCCCAUUUUAUUCAUGUUUUUUAGAAUGUAACAACAAGUGCCUGAGAAAUGUAUAUUAUGCAGUUAAGAACCAAUGAGUUAGUCUGUUAAGCACUGGAAGCACAAAGUGACACACACACACACACACACACACACACACACACACACACACACACAGAGUUAAGUAUAUUAUCCACACUUGUGUCUUGUCGCUGUAGUUUGAGUGUUGGAAUUCAUCACUCCAUUUUGAAUUCUCAUGGUUGUUCGAUUACAAUCUGGACGCACUGAUUGUGUUCCUUUAUUAGAAUGUAAUGCUUCCACUCGAUUAACGGUGUUAUUUUCAGGCUGCAGUUAUCGCUCCACAUUUAUUAUCCACCUCUAAUCCCUUGUUUUAAGUUUUAAACAGGAUGAUUUUAAAGACAAAAUCAGUAAUCUGAUAAAGCAUAAGCUUGUCCCUAUGUGGCCCAGACUGCAGUGUUGACCCUGCACCGAAAAGACCUUUAACAGUAAAAUCCCGCUGGGUAGGCAUUCUAUAUAAUCACUAACCUAAGUCACGCAAUCAUUUUUUGGCUAAGAAAUUGACUCUCUAACAGUGCCAAUAACGCUCUGUCUACUGUGAAGUGUUAUAUUAAUGCAAUAUCGACCUUUGGAAGUGUGUCAAACCUUUUGUAUACAUUAAUUAAUAUUCUUACCAUGGGGUUUGUUGUUUUAAUAGUAUUCUAGUUUUUGUGUAACCACUUUAUUUUGUUGUUUUAUGAUUUCUACUUUGUGAAGGCGACCACAAUUGGAACAGAAAGAGAGUGUUUUUAUCAAUAUCCUCCACACUACUCAAGAUGAGUGUGGCAGUAACGCAUGCUGUUCUAUUGAAGCUUUAGUUGAAGCCGUCUGAAAAACGUGCUCUUUUUGAUUAUGACCAUGUUUCCCCCCCACGUCUGAUAUUCACCAUCAUCUUCACUGUAGCAGGGAUUAAAAUAUUGCAACCCAACAUUAACCACACUGGCAAGUUAUCAGAGUCAAAUCCUCCACAACACAUCGAAAAUGGAAGGAGCAAAUAGUGCCAGUGUUUAAGGGUGAUGUGUUUCCUGUAAUUAUCCCUUUGAUGUAUUUCAUUAGAAGAUUUAAAAUGCCCCAAUAGAAACAGAUCGAAAAAAAGAAAUGAAGUGGAAUGAAUGGAUUAUUAGAUGUAAAAAACUGCAGACUAAAUUGAUUGUUUCUCUUUCUGAUACGAAGCAUGCAUCUAAGAAAACGUCCCCUUCACCUUAUCACAAAAAUGAGAACAAUUCAUUUUUUAUCACAACAAUCAAUUCAUGCAGUUAUUAAAGACGAAAAAUAUGAAUAUGUUUGUUUUUAACUCAGGCUUUUAUUUCAAACGUUGCAAACACAAAAACUAUGAUUGUGACAAGGUUUAUUAUUUGUUUUCUUUGUUUUAAUAUAGGCAUUUUAAAUCUCCCACGUGAAUCGGCUGGAACUCAAAUAUAUUUUGUGAUUUUCUUACAGGCAUGAUGAAGGAUAUGUGGUGCCUUUUGUCUUUUAACAGCCUAGUAUAUUGUGAUAAAAAGAUGACGUACAUGUCAUGUGAGUGUGAUUUGGGUUUAUGUUGAACAAUAUGGGGGCACAUAAAAGCUUAUUUAAUUUAUUCAGUUUAAUCUGUUUGGUUUUUAUAUCCUUUACCUUGCUAGCCAUUGUACCUACUAUACAUGUGCUUCACAUUUUAAUUUGUAAUUUGUUUACUUUUAUGUAGUACACGGAACAACUUCACUUUUGGCCACUGUACACUUUUACAAAUUCCUCUCUCACAUCAAUUGAAAAUCCUGCACAGAAAAGAAGCGCAUUUAUUUCUGUAUCCUGGACCAUGUAUUCCCAGCCCAUCCAUUAAAAAAAAAAAGGGUGACUUUCUGGUUGUAUGGUAUAUCAAGACAGCUGGAUCUCCUCCAUUUCUGCUGCAUUGAUUUUCCGAUGUGAAUGUGCACAUAAUUUGUCCCAUGAUACCAUUUACAACACUAUAUGUCAAGUAUCAACCAUUUUUAACAUACAUAAAUGACCAAAUGAUAAUGAGAUUUAGAUUCACAGGAGAUACUCUUCUGUGCAAUUAUCAAUCUUUCUUUCAGUGUGAAGUUUUGUAAUUCAGUGUCAACCCACAUUAGAAACUGCAAUGCACUCUUUUGUUUGAAACGAGACAGUAGUCGAUGAAGGUUGUGGAAAGGAACAUCUGAUAUCCACACAAGUAUUAACAUUUGCUAAUGAAAAGGUCUGGCUUCUUUAUUCUAAUUUCAAAACCAUCUCAUCACCGUUAGAAAUCGGCAAAGACUAAAAAACAAAAUGUAAUUUGUUGCAAAAGCUGUAUUUAAUGUUGUCACAUUGAUCACAUUAGCCAACAUGUUAACCAUUAUCUUGAAUUAAAAUAAUCAAGUCUUUCCUUUUUAUUGGGAGGCAUUUAAUGUAUUAUUUAAAUCAAAAAGUAGAAGCAGAAUGUAUUUUGAAAGAACGUCUUCUAUCCAGAUCAUUGGUACAGAAUGUAGCUCUUUGAACAUGUCAAACAUGAAUCAACAUGAACCUUUCUGCCAAGGGCACAAGCUUCUAAAAAUGUGAUUAUAGAGCACUAUACCUUCAUAUGCAUGUGACACCUUAUUCCAGAUGUUCUUCAGAUGUGACCUCCAGCACAGGAGUUAUGUUUUAGCUUUGGUUUGUCUGUCAGCAGGAUUACAGUAAAACUAAUGGCCGGAUUUUCAUGAAACUUGAUUGAAGUUUUUAGAGGUACAUUUCUGAGCGGUACUUGGUAAUUUGUUGGGAGAUACACACAUGUUUUCCCCCUAUCAUUAACAUUGAUAGAUGGGGCUUUUGACUAUGGUCUGCAUUCUCUGAUUUCCUCCUGGUUAUUCUUAGGCUAGGAGUUGUUCUGAAUUGAUUGAACAUGCUUAAUUGCUGUUGUCAUAGUGCAUCUUUGCAAUACAAUUUACAGAUUGCAAAGACUUGAAAUGCCACCCAUUAAUCCAAAGCCUAAAAGGUCAUGUUGACAACUAAUUAAUCUUUGAGGAGUCAUCAGUCCCACACUGGUACAUUGAGAAUAUUCUCUUUCUGCAACAAAUAAGUUGGAAAGUGGCACUUCAGCUUUUAAAAAAUGACUAAUGUGUUAAGCCUCUGGAUCUCUUCACUCAGCUUCAACAUUUACAGAAUUACUUUCACAAACACCUUCAAUAAGCGGUAAAAGAGGCAGCUUCAAGUGAGGAAGCAAUAUUCAUCUUAUUCAUUUAUGUUUAUCUUCAAGUUUUUGUUCAAAGGCACGCAAGGUUAAAGAAGUCAAGCACAGCAGCACAUUUUUUUUUCAAAAUAGCAAAAUGGAUACACUAUUAAAACACAGUCAGAUGUUUAGUUUUAUCUUUGAAAUGUCAAGAAUGAUUGACGGUGGCUUUGUUUUGACUGCAGCUGCCAAACCGUGUAAAAAAAACAAAAUCACAAAAGCAGCAACUGUCAAUUGAAACAUUUCAACAAAAAAGUCAAAUGUAAUCACGCUGUUGCUAAAUGCCCACACUGAAGCUGGAGAAUUGUGCUCUUUUAGCCAACUCUCCUAAACGUACAGAGACGAAAUGACAGCUGUGGCUUCAUAUUGAACAAAAUGAUAUGUCUGUUUAAAAUCUGCUCUGCAGUGUUGUUACAUCUAGUAUACAUUUAAAAAUCAACAUCUCUUCCAUUCAGAAGUAGCAGGUUAUCAUUGACACACAAGGAAAUGCACUCACAAAGCAGUAGAUCAAAUACAUUUGACAGGGGUCAAUGCUGAAAUGAAAAAAAGGAUAAAUAGGGACACCAUGUCUGUAUUGCAGAAUAAAUGUUUAUAUUUUUUUCUGGCUGGCUCAAUGUGCAUGAGCCCACACACACACACUCUGUUUACUCUGCCAAACUGAGCACUACUGUUUUAACACAUCUUUUUGAAAAUGUUGCUUAAAGAUGUUUUUAUAUGCAAUUUUACUACAUUUUAUAUAAAAUAAAUCUGUGUUUAAAUUUGUGGACACACAGAAAGACUUGUGUGCAAGUGUGUGUGUGAGUGUGUGAGAGAAAAGAAAGAGUGAUUAAAGAAAACUGUUAUGAUUGACAUUCGACUUGUGGGGUUCAGUGAUUCGGGAAUAUGAUGCAACGGUAUACUGAACGGACAUGCAUUGUAUUUUAUUUUUUGCACAUGGGUGUGAGAAAAUACACACGUCAAUGUAAAACAAUGCUCUGCCUUCUGUACGUGAUGGUAAAGUGUUUAAUUUUUCAACACAAUAAAUACAAAUAUAUUAUUUAUGA